AAACUUUUUUGUCCUCCCACUUUACUCACUCUGGCUUUCUGAGAAGAUCCUGCAAGUACUGAAUCAACGCAUAAAAACAUUUCCAAGAUCUCAAAAAAUGGUGGUCACAAUCAAUCCAACUGCUGAAUUGAACUUUUCAAGCUUCGACUGGAGUGUAAACACCACCGCAAAUGACUCUACAUUCAAUGAAACUGCAGAUAUGGUCAUCCGCUUGGCUUUAAUUGUCCUUCUUUUUAUCACAAUGGUGUCUCUGGGCUGCACAAUGGAGGUCUCGAAGAUUAAAGAUCAUCUCAUCAAACCCAAAGGGGUGGUGAUUGCAGUAGGGGCUCAGUAUGGCAUCAUGCCCUUCGCCGCCUUCUGCCUGGCAAAGCUGUUUCAGUUAAGUCCUAUGGAGAGUUUGUCUGUGCUAAUUUGUGGCUGCUGCCCAGGAGGAAACCUCUCAAACAUUUUUGCUCUGGCCCUCCGGGGAGACAUGAACCUCAGUAUUGUGAUGACUGCCUGUUCCACAGUCCUAGCGUUGGCCAUGAUGCCCCUCCUGCUCUACUUGUACAGCUGGGGUUUCUCAAACCUGGUGGAUUUUGUUCCCUUCACUGGAAUCAUUUUCUCCCUAAUUUUGAUCCUGGUUCCCUGUGGAAUUGGAAUCCUAAUCAACUACAGAAUGCCCCAGUAUUCUAAGAUGAUCACCCAGGCUGGACUGACGCUCAUGCUAAUCUCUUGCAUUGUGAUUGGUGUUCUUGCUGGUGUGGCUGAUGGAGGACAGAUUUUCAAAGUACUGUCUGCUCAACUUAUAGCCACUGCUGCAUUGAUGCCUUUGGCUGGAUACAUAUUUGGAUAUAUCCUGUCCGCUCUGUUCAGGAUGAAUGAACCUUGCAGACGGACUGUGUCUAUGGAGGUCGGUUGUCAAAACAUCCAGCUUUGUACCACAAUUCUGAAGGUGGCCUUUCCUGCUGAGAUCAUUGGUCGGCUGUAUUUCUUUCCGGUCAUCUAUAUUGUGUUCCAGAUUGUCGAGGCGCUGAUCUUCAUAUUCUUGUUCAGAUGCCAUCAGAAACUAAGGCCAUCUCAAAAAGGAACGCAGGCCUACACAACAGUAGAAAGAGCAGCUGAAGAAAUGAAUGAGCCCCAACAAUGACAUCUAAAGGUCAUAGUGAAAAAAACCACACACAGGCAUAAGGUGAAUUGAUUAUUGCAAUCUUUAGUAAAGAGCAGAGCGAGUAUGGGAAACGUUAACUAGUAUAGAACUCAAUGGUCAAUUCUGAUCCUUUUUUUUUUAUUGUUGUUGUUUUUAUUCGAAAUUGUUCUAAUAGCAAUAAAUGUAUUAAUUUUA